AUGGGUGGUAACGACGGACGUAACAGGAUCGACGAGUUUUUGCGCAACCCUGAGAGUCCGAGAUAUCUUGGGUCUCAUACACAACCCCUGGUGGAGGCGCCCUUCAGUAGCCCUCAAGCUUACAGCAAGCCACCCUACCCACCAUACGUAUCAAGCGCACCUUCCAGAUCUUCGGCAUCGAGAUCUAGCACAAGCUGGGCGAGUGAAAGCGAUAAGUCGAGUCGUCGCUCUUCGAAUUCCAGCGCUCCAAGCUCAGGGCCGCCCUGGCAACCAAACUUGAACGAAGUGCUUGCAAUGGCCCAAUUCGACUAUGGCUACGAUCUUCCUUGCGAGUUCAUCUACUCUGGGUGCCACAUGCGAUUCUAUCCAGGUGAUUUCGAAGCCUGGAUUUCCCACAGCAUUUCGCAUUUCGGCGAACACCCUCCUCCUCUCAGAACAAUCUGCACCUUUUGCGACCAAGAGUUCGACUGCACUCAUAACCCUAGUGAUGCCUGGAGGACUUGGAAAGAUCGAAUGGUCCAUAUUGGUGCACACUUCGGGGAAUAUCGACAGGAGGGUGUUGAGGUAAAUCAUGGGAAACCUGAUUUCUGGACAUUGGAAUAUAUGUCCACCAAACACCUGAUCACCGCAGGUGACUAUGCCCACGCGAUUAGAUACUCACAACGACCACCCUGUGACAAUUUAUAUCCACUUGAUUAUAAAACUCCUGAGAUGCAGGCGAGGGAGGAGCGGAACUCUCACGCUAGCUAUGAUUUGAGGAAGGAGAACCGAAACAGAAGAAAAGAGGAAAGAGGAUCCGGAAGGCGUAAGGGCAUGAGCAAGACUCACUGA